CGUAGGAGGAUGGUGGCUUUUAUUUUAGCUUCCCCGCUGACUGCGGGGAGCGCCGUCGCCGAGUUACUUCCUCCUGAGCUGCCAAUGGCAAUGGUUCUACCAGAGAGGGACUGCGACCAGCUGUUCCUCAGCCUGUCGGCAGUAGCGGCGCUGCUCACUCGGUUCCACGUGUGCGCCGGCCGUACCCAGCUGCUGGUGAGCGGCCGGCGGGGCGGUGCCGUGUCGCUCUCCUGUGCCGGCUGCCAGACUCAGGUUGAUGGAGUUCAGGAUGAGCUGGGGCCGCUGGUGCGCCGGCGGGCUGUUGAACUGUGCAGUGUGCUCGGCCUGGACGAGGCUGGCGUGGAGCGGCUGCUGGCUGUGCUUCGAGGCCAGCUGGGCCAGCAGCAGCAGCAGCAGCAGCAGCAGCAGCAGCAGCAGCAGCAGCAGCAGCAGGUCAGCCUGGAGUCAGAACAGCAGGCCAGCGCUGUCCAACAGCAGCAAUAUAUCGAACAGGAGACCGUGAAUACUCAGCAGGUGGAACAGCACAGAGGUGCGGUAUCGUUACAGGAACAUGGCAGCAAGGUGGAAAAGGGACCUCCGUCAGAAAAGAAAACAAAGGCUGUGUAUAAGAGUGCCCGAUGUGAUGUUUGCUCCAAGGUAUUCUACAAGCGAAGUAAUCUACGCGUGCAUAUGCUCCGGCACCUGGGUGUGCGACCGCACUGGUGCCAGAGCUGCGGUAAGAGCUUCUCGGACCCGUCCACGUUCUCGCGGCACGUGGCGUCCGUGUGCGGCGGCCAGCGCCACCUCACGUGCCACGUGUGCGGCAAGGCCUUCUACCAUCAGGCCCAUCUCAAAGAGCACCUGCGGAAGCACACUGGAGAAAAGCCGUACUCGUGUGAGGCCUGUGGCAAGAGCUACACGUGUCAGGGCAGCCUGCGGCGACACCGCGCGGGUCAGUGUGUCGGUCACGGCGCCGCCGGGACACACGUAUGCUCCGUGUGCGGUAAGGCGUUCCGUCUGGCGGAGGCGCUGGCUGCCCACUGCCGUCUGCACGCCGGGGUUACACUGCCGCCGGGCCGACUACAGCGGCGUCAAGGGGAGGGGGUAACUGGUGGCAUCCCGGGCGACCAGCCGAUAGGGUUGGCCGGUGCCCCUGGUCAUCCGCCGGUGGGACAGGCGCCUGGUACUCCCGGCCCUCCUCCGACGAGACUGGCUGGCACACCCGGUCCGCAGCCAGCGGAACUAGUCGCCAGGACAGAGCCGCCGCCUGCAGACGGAGUGAGGUCGGGUGUCGUGGCUGAGCGGCGGGAUGCUGGCACUCCUCGGCCGAGUGUAGAGGGGGUCACGAGUGCUCCGUCCCCUCUCCUGCCGGCCGUGAACGUGACACAGGUGAAGCCGGAAAUGUUCAGAGUGCCCGUCUGAUUGAAGUGGAGCUGAGAUCUGGGGCAUUGCUGGGUCGAAAUACGAUGUCUUUCUGAGCUGUGUGAAGCGACUAUAUUGACCUGAUAUAAAUUGUCUUUUCGAUGAAUAUAUCGUGCAUUUUGUG